AUGGAUGAACUCAAGGAGAAAUUGACUUUGUUAGAGAAAGGGAAAGAGAGCAGAUCUGCGCCAAGUCCCCCGCGAGAAGCGCCGCCCGGCUCGAAGCUGUUGAGCUCGGCGGCUAGGGCUUACCGCGGUGUCCCGACCGACGCCGCCUGUGCUGAUUUCGCUCGGGUGGAAGGGACGGACGGCUCCGCUCGUGGGGACGGAGAUGGGCAGUGUUCGAUUGGCGAUUCGGAGGAGGACGAUGCAAAGGAGGUGGGAGACGCCUCCUCGGCGGGAAGCGAUGUCGAUCGUCCUCCGGUUAGUGUCGACGAGGCGCGACGACCGGUUGUGGAGGGAGGUAGAGCGACGGGGCAAAGGGAUGCUGGCCGAUUGCCGGCCGAUUCUAUCACCGCUCGUCGAUCGAUCCCUUAUUACUAUCAUAGGAAUGGGGUGAUUGAGCAGCUUCCGGACAUUCCCUUAGACCGGGUUCGACCGUCCGUGGUAGAAGGGCAGGAUUGGGUUGAUUGGGCGUCCGAUAUUCCUUGUGAGGAUCCUAAAGGGAAAAGAAGGUUGCCGCUUCCACUGAUGGGAAGAAUUCCGCGAGUAUAUCCUAAUUUCAGUGAGCUCUUGGAUUCCCAGCUGGGUGAUGAGAGUUUCGACCCUGCUGCAGCGUUGGAGGCGGAGAACGAGAAGGCCAGAGGUUCACACAAUGAGGGAGAUGAUCCUCCGGUAGAAGAUUCAGCGGUAGAUGAGGCGGUUAACCGCGAUGUUGAUGUUGUUUCAAAGAAGAAAAAGAAGAAGAGUAGGUUGUCUAAAAGAACGAAGCCCGACUCUCCGGAGAUGGAAGUUGCCGCAGAUGAAGUUGUUCAUGAGGGUCCUUCAGGUGAUGCUACCGAAGGGAAUCGUGAGGUCGUGGAAGCAACGGGCUCGAUUGGCGAGGAUCGCACUGGUCCGUCAGCGAUGAAGAAGAAGAAGAGGCCGAUCGAUGAUCGCCCUAGCGACUCCGGGAGUAAGCGGUCGAAGGGUAAUGACGGGCGACCUGCCCCUCCUCCUCAGGAAAUUGAUGUGCCAGUCUCUCGUAACCUUCCUUGGGGUGGAUCGGGUCCACCAAACGGGAAGCCGCCGUUGGCCCAAUCAGAGCGUUGGAGCUUUCAUCACAAGGACGACAUGGCUUUUGUCAAUGAUGAGGGGGCAUGCGCUGAGUUAUCCCGCCAUAUCCGGGGUGGCUCGAGCGAAAUGCCGGAGGUCGGCGAUCUUGCAUUCCCACGGUCGUUUGCUGAGUCGGCCCGCGCGGAUGCCGUUGCCUCUGCUCGUAAGAACUUCCUUGUCCUCGCGUGUGAGCUUGCUAUGCGGAAAAUGGCCUUGGAUCUUAGGAAGGCUGAGGCAACGAUCAAAACGCAAAAUGUGGAGUUGGAGAAGGCCCGGAAGAGUGCUUUGGAGAGGGCGAAGGAGAUGGCUGUGGAGCGGAGCCGGAUCCAGCGCGAGCGUAAGCAGGCUAUCGAGAAGGCCGAUGGUCUUGAGGAGGAUUUGGAGAACGCUCGAACUAAAAUUGCGCAGCUGGAGCAUGAGAAGGUCGAGGAAACCGAGAAGCAUAGGAGAUUGGUGGAUUUCAUGAAGCAGGGUCGCAUUCGUGAGGUUACAUCUGAGAGAGGCCGUCUUAUGACAGCCGCUGCCGCGCGCUUCAACAAAUUUCGGAAGUACAUGGCUGACCGAGACAAGCUUGAGACGAAGCUCUUUUUCCAUGCUCAGGCUUUGGGGACUUUGCAGUCGUUGGAUGUGCUAGAGAAGCGAGGUCAGCAAAUUCCACAGAGGAUGAGGGAUACUUUGACAUUUAAUGAGAAGAAGUUCAAGCGGGAGGUUGAGGAGGCCGAUGUUGAGGAAAUCACGGAGCGAGAUCUCUCUUUAUCUCCUCCCCGUUCCGGACCGUUUCAGGGCCUUGAUCAGUUCGGGACGAACUUGGGGUUGGUCGAUUCUACGACCGCGGUCUCCCUUCGUUCCCCGACGGCCGUCGUUGAGACUAUUACUGCUGUGUCGGAUUCGCGUGGUGUCGUCCGUUCGAUCGAUGCCGAUGCAGGAGGAGCGCCAAACGAAGUUGCUGGAAUUGGCGAGGAGGUUCUAGUUGGGGAGAUGGGAGGCGCUGCCGAGGGAGUGAAGGUUUCUGCCGAGCGACCGGUCGCCGAUCCGGUUGAGCCGAGCGCUUGA